UCGGCUGCUGAAAUGGGAGUGAGUGUUGGGAGGGUCUGAGUGAAGGGGUACUGAGCUCAGUUAGUGAUUGGUUUCGGAGUGUUGUCAGUUCCAGCCCUGGGGGGUGAGAAACAACAGUUUGGAUUGAACGAUCUGACAGGUGCUUCCCGAGGAACCCCAUCCUGUGAGAGCCGCUGUUUCCGAUCGCAACUUCCCGCAGAAAGUUUGCAAACAGCCGGAGCUGCGAUCCCGGCCCUGGGAGCUGGAGCUGUCUAUAACCGUACCCAUCGAGAGCCUGCAAGUUGGUACCAUGAACUUCCUACUCCUCACACUCUGCGCUGUGGUAGGAAUGGGAUUUGCUCAGGAUCCUAACUUGGCCCAUGGCUGUGCUCAAGGGAGCUGCUAUCCUGCUACUGGGGACCUGCUGGUGGGUCGUCAGAACAAGCUAACAGCAUCGUCCACUUGUGGCCUGAGGAGGCAGCAGCCGUACUGCAUUGUGAGUCACCUGCAGGAUGACAAAAAAUGUUUCAUCUGUGAUUCUCGUAAACCAUAUGAUCCACUGCGAAAUCCCAACAGCCACAGAGUGGAAAAUGUGAUUACAACCUUCGCACAGUAUCGUAAGAAGGCCUGGUGGCAAUCAGAAAACGGUGUGUCCAAUGUCCACUUACGUCUGGACCUGGAGGCAGAGUUCCACUUCACCCACCUCAUCAUGACUUUUAAGACCUUCAGGCCUUCCGCCAUGUUGAUUGAGCGCUCUGCAGACUUUGGCCGCACGUGGCAGAUCUAUCGCUACUUCAGUUAUGAUUGUGCCACUGACUUCCCACAUGUCUCUCAGGGACCCCUGAGAAAGGUGGACGAUGUUAUCUGUGAAUCGCGCUACUCUGACAUUGAGCCAUCAACUGAAGGAGAAGUGAUCUAUAGGGUUCUGGAUCCGGCAAUUUCCAUUGAAGAUCCCUACAGUCCUCAGAUCCAGAAUUUAUUGAAGAUUACCAACCUACGUGUAAAUUUCACCAAGUUACACACCCUGGGAGACAACCUGCUCGAUUCACGGCAUGAGAUUGAGGAGAAAUACUACUACGCUGUGUAUGAAUUGGUGGUGCGAGGAAAUUGCUUCUGCUACGGUCAUGCCAGUGAAUGUGCCCCCAUUGAAGGAAUCCGAGGAGAUAUUGAAGGAAUGCUCACCAGUACGGUGACAUCUUCUUUGUCUCCUGCAGGCUGUUGGUGCGAUCCCUUUGGGACGGUAGCAGAUGGACUGCCCUGUGACCCUGUCAGUGGAGAUUGCUUCUGUAAGAGGCUUGUGACUGGGCGCAGCUGUAACCAGUGCCUGAGUGAACACUGGGCACUGAGCCAUGACCUCAAUGGCUGUCGAGCCUGUGACUGUGAUGUGGGAGGUGCAUAUGACAACCUCUGCUCGACGGAAACUGGCCAGUGUCGUUGUCGGAAUCACAUUGUCGGCAGGCAGUGUACUAAUGUGGAGUCAGGGUAUUUCUUCAUGGCUCUCGAUCACUAUACAUACGAGGCAGAGUUGGCCCAGCUCAGCAUGGGAGCGACUGUUUCACAUCGGGAGUACACCGAAAGUCGUCCUGUCACGUGGACUGGAACUGGAUUCGCAAAGGUUCCAGAAAGGGGCGUGUUGCAAUUCCACAUUAACAACAUUCCGUAUUCAAUGGAAUAUGAUUUGGUAAUCCGCUAUGAACCACAGUUUCCAACAGAAUGGGAGAAAGUGUCCAUUUCCAUUAUUCGGCCUGGCCCCAUUCCUACCAGCAGCCCUUGUGGGAACACCAUUCCUGCUGAUGAUCUGUUAGUCACAAGCUUGCUAUCAGGCUUCAGGUAUGUGGUUCUCCCUCAGCCGGUCUGCCUUGAACAUGCAGUCAGCUACACAAUCCGGCUUGAAUUCAAACGUUAUUCUUCCCGUGAGAGGAUUCCCAAUGCCAAUAUUCUUGUGGAUUCUAUUGUGUUGAUUCCUCGCUAUUCCUCCAUGGAGAUGUUCAUUGCUGGGGAUGCAGCCUCCAUCAGGAGGAAGGAGACCUUUGAGCGUUAUCGCUGCCAUGAUAACAGCAUUCCAGUUGUCAAGCCAACAACAACUGACAUCUGUGCCAAACUGAUCAGCAGCAUGUCAGCUAUAAUCCACAAUGGGGCUCUCUGUGAGUAUGGGACUCAUUUGUGUUGUUGCAAUAAACUUAUAGACUGUGAUCAGUUGUACAUUAAAUAUCCGUUGCCUCCAACACCAGCAUACAAAUGUAUGUGUAAUUAUCUGGGCACCAGGCCUGACCAGUGCCCAUCGAGGGACGAGUGUGCAUGCAAUCGAAGCACAGGGCAGUGCUCCUGUCUGCCUAAUGUGAUUGGCCAGAACUGCAAUCGCUGUGCUCCAAACUACUGGAACCUGAACAGUGGGUCAGGCUGUGUGCCCUGUCGAUGUACCAGUAUCAACUCCUUUACAUCCAAAUGUAAUGAGUUCACUGGUCAGUGUCAUUGCCGUCCUGGGUUCGGGGGUCAGUCUUGCACAGAUUGCCAGGAGAAUUACUGGGGUGAUCCUAACGUGCAGUGUCGAGUUUGUGACUGUGAUCAUCGAGGCAUUGCUACAAGCCAGUGUGAUCGGGUGACUGGGCAUUGCGUGUGCCGUCAAGGGGUAUCUGGGGUGCGUUGUGACAAAUGUGCCCGUGGGUUCUCAGGACAGUUCCCGGACUGUUACCCUUGCCACCAGUGUUUUGGAGACUGGGAUCGCAUUGUGCAGGACUUAGCAGCUCAAACAAAGAGUCUGGUGGAACGAGCCAGUGAGAUUAGACUGACUGGAGUCAGUGGCUUCUAUGAAAGUAACUUCCGUGGCCUGGAGGAGAAGUUGCUGCAAGCUCAGAGGAUUGUAAAUGCACGAAACGCAACUGCUGUAGCAGUGGCUGAGCUCAUGAAUGUGAUAAGCAAUCUACGGAACCAAAUUUCUGGGACCACGAACAUCUUGAAUGGACUUGAAGACGUUCUAACUGUAAUACAAAACCAGAACAGCGGUGCCAGUGUUGAACUGAGUAACCUGGAACGUGAAGCAAGAGCUCUAAAUCUUUCCAGCAAGGAGCUGUCCAGACAACUUGACAUACUGAAGCACUCCAAUUUCCUUGGGGCUUAUGACAGUAUACGAAACUCAUAUGAUCAGUCGUGUCAGGCAGAGAGGAUGGUAAAUAUUUCCACGGUGACCCUCCCCAGUAUUAUCAGUGCAUCUGCUGUCACCCGUCGUAAGACAGAGGUCUUGAUGAGAACGAGAAAGGAUGAUUUCAAUCGGAAGAAUGCUGCCAACAGGCGUGCUCUCAAUGACUUGGCUGCCAAAGUACAAACAUUAAACUUGAAGAACAUUAAUGAAAAGGUGUGUGGUGCUCCUGGAGAUUUACCAUGUGUCGACAGCCCAUGUGGUGGAGCUGGAUGUUAUGAAGACGAUGGAACCAGGCACUGUGGGGGUCUGAACUGCAAUGGUGCAGUUGCAGUAGCUGAUACUUCUCUUGAUCGAGCCCAACAGUCAGAAGAGGAGCUUCAGAGAGCAAUGAGUGAGGUGGAGGAACUAUUUCAGAAGGUUGCUCUGGCUAAGGUAAAGGCAAAUGAAGCAAAGCAGAAAGCUCAGGUGACUUUGGACAAAGCAAAUGAUGCCAAGGACCGAAUUAAUCGCUCAAACAAAGAACUGCGUGACCUCAUAAAGCAGAUCCGAGACUUCCUUACACAGGAGGGUGCAGACCCCGACAGCAUUGAGAUGGUGGCCAGUCGGGUUCUGGAGCUCUCAAUUCCUGCUUCCCCUCAGCAAAUCCGUCACCUUGCAGAGGAGAUCAAAGACAAGGUCAGUAGUUUGUCUAACGUGGACACCAUCUUGGAUCAGACUGCCGAUGAUGUGAGGAAAGCAGAACAGCUCCUUCAGGAUGCAAGAAGGGCAAGGAGCCGUGCAGAAAAUGUUAAAAACACAGCCGAGGCAGUGAAGCAAGCCCUAGAGGAGGCUAGCCAAGCUCAGCAUGCUGCACAAAGUGCAAUCAGCCGUGCAAAGGGAGACAUAGAAGAGACCGAUCAGACCCUAAAUGGGAUACGGAGUGAAACUGUGAGUGCGGAGAGAGAGUUGAUGAAGGCCAUGGACAGACUAGCACAGCUUGACAACAGAAUCGAUGCAUUAAAAAUGAAACGAGCCAACAACAGCCUGGUGGCAUUGCGGGCAGAAGAAACUGCUUCAGUGGCACGAGAUAAAGCCAACGAAGCCAAACAGAUGUUGGAAGGACAGCUCUCUGAUAAAUAUAAAAUUGUGCGCGGUCUUAUAGAUCGAAAGAGUGGCACAGUUUUUGAUGCUAAACACAAAGCAGAGAGCCUUCGAGAUGAAGCCAAGCAGCUCCUGAGAGAUGCACAAGACAAGCUGGAGAGAUUGAACGAUCUUGAGGAUCAAUAUGAAGCGAAUGAACAGGUUCUGGAGGAAAAGGCCCGUCAGCUGGAUGGCCUGGAGGAUAAGAUGAAAGAAAUUUUGACAGCUAUUAAUCAACAGAUCCAAAUCUACAACACCUGCCAAUAAAUAAACAAUUGCCAAAAAAGAAAAUAAACCUACAUAUAAAUAAGCAUUUGCAUUAUUAAGCCUUUAGAACAUCCACAGCAAUAUCACAUUGUCCAGCUGUUAGGCGCAAUAUUAUAUUUUGGCUUCUCUUGUGGACAAUACAACUCCCGCUGUUGCACAACAUACUCCCACUUUUCAGUUUCCUGCAAAAACUGUUAGAUACUGAAGACAAUAAGUAAAAAUACAAUGAGGAAGUCAUGAGGAUAAUGGCACUCGUUGCAUGCUGAAGAAUUUGAUGUUACUUAAGCCUCUUGAGUUAAAUCAUGUGUGAACAUUCAUCUAAAAAGGAUUAUCAAUGGCAGCAUUGAUUCCAACUUAAAAACUCUCAUGAAGUAUAUAACUCAACAAAAUUCAAAGUAAGGAAUAUGUAGGAGAAAUAGCUUGGGUAAAAUAACUUCAAUGCCAUUCCUACUCAAGAAAUGAGAAAAAGAAAUGACAACUGAUAAUUAUUACACAAUUCAUUGACACCAUUUGUCAAUAGGACUCACAAUCAGAUCUUCACUUAAAUUUUAGAUGUUCCUUAUAAUUUACUUUUGAAUGAAGAACCUAUGCUUAUUUUCUCCUCCUUACACUUUACAAUGAUGGUGAAAGGCUAGAAGUUUCUGGAGAUUAUGCAUAGUGCAAUGAGUCAGAAUCUUGCCUUGUGUAAAAUUAAAGAAUGUCCUAGAGUCAUAGUUUCAUACAAUACAGUCUGCACUGACAAAAAAGAAGAGUUUUUUUUGCCAAUUCAUCACUUGAAAAGAAUUCAGGAUAUUUUCUGGUGGAAACUGCCAAAUUAAUUUUUACGAUUACUACUUUGCAGUGACAUUUGCUAAUUUGAGGCAGUCGUUUGCAAUUAAAAGAGCCCCAAUUCCUGUUCUAAAUGGAGAAUUUCCCUAUUUGCCUUCCAAAUCCUAAGUGUUUUUACCCUGUAUAAAAUUAUAUCCAUGCAGCA